CUUCACCUUAUUCUCGUGUUGAACACCAGCCCCCGUCCAAAUUUCCCACCUUCAAGCAACAUCUAGAAAGACUGUUCUCCCCUUUCCCCUUCCUCCACCACCCCAAAGCCUUCACGAUGCCUUUCAAGUGGGAUCCUGCUUCCGAGCGCAAUUUGCUCCUCUUUGCGAUUGCGGAGAUGAGCCCACCAUCAACUUCGAUCUGGCCAAAGGUGGCUGAAAAACUCGGCAAUGAUCUCAACGCAAACGCUUGCAGUCAAAAAUUCUACAAGUUGAAGAAGGAGAGCGAAAAGCUACUUCAGCAGGGCGACACGACCGUCAGCGGCGAUGCUGUGACCCCAGUCAAGGAAGCCAAGACCCCGAAGACUCCUGGAAGCAAAGCUGCAUCCGGAAAGAAGCGAAAGGGCACGGACGCCGAUCAUGAAGAGACCACGACGCCCAUCAAGCGUAAGCGAAAUGCGAAGAAAGAUGCUCCCGCCGCUCCAGAGGUCAAGGCCGAGAUUGAAGAGGAGAGCGUUGCUGUCAAGGCCCAGGACGAACCAUGCAAAGAUGAAUGAGGGAGCUCGAUUUGCGGUCCGGCUUGCAACUUUCGAUCUCCAAUCCUGAAGUAGCCUUCAUCGCUCACGGCGUGCUUGGAGGAACGGCAAAUUUCACUUGCAGGAUAGGAAGGAAACGCGGACGAACAUAAGAUUUGCGGGCUUUUUUUCUGCCGGGGUUCCACACAGGAAAUGGGAUGACACAAUAGGAUACGGCUUGAGCUGAAGUUUGUAUGAGAAGACGAUUGCUUGGAAUGAAUGGACUCUGCAUCAAGUGUGUCAUACCUGUCACUCUUGCCCCGAAUUCAAUCAUGCGGUCAUGCCAGCUUGGAUGGAAGAAACAAGUGCACUGGUCAGUCAUCCCAGAUAUCCGGUGCACGUUAGAUAGCUGAGCAGGUUCGACACUUGAACAAUCGGACUCGAAUCCGCGUUCUG